AUGCUCUCCACACUCAACUUCUCCGGUGACCAGCUAUGGGGGUCCAUACCCUCGUCGUUAAGCAACCUCCGGAGGCUCACGCUACUGGACCUCUCCAGCAACAAUCUCACCGGCCAAAUCCCUGCUGCUUUAGGUAAUCUCUCAAGACUUGCCUUUCUUUAUCUACCUGGGAAUAGGCUGUCAGGUAACAUCCCAUGGCACCUUGGACGGCUUCGGAACAUGAGAGAGAUGGAUUUGGGCUCCAACAUCCUUUCUGGCCAAAUACCUUCUGCCCUUGCAAACUUGACCAGCCUCAACUCUCUGGUCUUUUCUGACAACCGUUUGUCAGGACCCAUACCUGAAGAGUUAGGACAAGUCCAGACUCUGCAAGAACUAGUAUUCGAGAAAAACAACCUCAAUGGCAUACUUCCGCGCUCCUUUGGAAACCUCACAGAGCUCAGAUACCUCACCGCAUAUCUGAACCAGCUCACUGGUCCGGUCCCUGUAGAGUUUGGGAUGCUCUCCAACUUGAUUGGGUUGGAUUUGUCGGUGAACCGUUUAACUGGCUCAGUUCCCUCUGGUGUUGCCGGCAAUCUUACUUCACUGACCUAUUUUGCUCUUUGGGAUAACCAUAUAACUGGAUCAAUCCCUCAUGAGUUUGGAAAUCUUGUGAAUCUUGAAGCACUCCUACUCUCGGACAAUUUCAUUGUUGGAUCAGUGCCGCCAAGUAUUGGGAACAUGUCUUCACUAAAACAAAUAGCAAUAAAUAACAACAGUCUCUCUGGCGAGUUGCCGCCCGAGUUUGGAAAUUUGGAAAAUUUGGAAUAUCUUAUAUCCUACCAAAACAAAUUGCCCGGAUCAAUUCAUCAAAGUUUUGGGAAAUUGAAGAGCAUGAUAGAAAUGCGACUGUUCAAUAAUAAGUUCUCUGGUCCUUUGCCUCCUGGACUCUCCAACCUCACCAAUUUGGUCGCCAUUCAACUAGCUGACAACCAGCUGACCGGACACUUGCCAGACUUGUGCCACGGUAAGAAGCUUCAGGUUUUCCGACUCUUUCGCAACAAUUUUGACGGGCCUGUCCCAAAAGGUUUGAGGGAUUGUAGUUCACUAAUAUAUUUCGGAAUCAGCAAAAAUCAGAUCGAGGGAGACAUAUCUGAAGCAUUUGGGGUGUAUCCACAUCUGAGUGACAUUAAUUUGUCUUCAAACAGAUUUAAAGGCCGGCUCUCGCCAAACUGGGGCUCAUGUAAAAACUUAACAGUCAUUACAUAUGGAGAACAAGUGAACAACAGCCUUAAUGGAAGUCUUCCUGGUAGUUUGGGCAAUUUAGCUUCGCUGCAAAGAAUGCUUGAUCUUAGUAUGAACAGUCUCAGCGGACCAAUACCACCGGAACUCGGGAAACUAGAGGUAUUGAUGUUUGUAAACUUCUCACACAAUCAAUUCAGCGGUGCCAUCCCUGUUUCGAUUGCAAGCAUGCAAAGCCUAACAAUGUUUGAUGUAUCAUACAACUUCCUAGAAGGGUCUAUCCCGAAAGGGAUUCGCAAUGCAUCAGCAGAAUGGUUUCUCCACAACAAAGAUCUUUGUGGAGACCUUAUUGGCAUCUCUCCUUGUAAUUUACCCCUUGCGGAUCAUAGGAGAAAGCAUCAAAAGAUUAUACUGUCAAUCGGUCUUCCUAUGUUUGCUGCUGCUAUUUCAGUAGUAGUAGCAUGUGUAAUUGCCUUUUUUAUUUGCCGCAAGAAAGUAUCUCAAAGAACUGAUGAUGUGAACAAAAGGGAUGUAUUCUCUGUAUGGAGCUUUGAUGGCAAAAUGGCAUUUGAGGAUAUUAUCAAUGCAACUGACAAUUUCGAUGAGAAACAUUGCAUUGGAGAAGGAUCCAGUGGUAUUGUUUAUAAGGCAGAACUUCCAGAUGAACAAGUGGUUGCAAGAAGGGUGGCUCUAAUAAGAGAUGUGGCUCAAGCCCUCACUUACCUCCACCAUGAUGUUCACCCACCCAUAAUUCAUCGAGACAUCACAAGCAGAAACAUCUUACUAGAUGCUGGCUACAAGGGGUUUGUCUCGGAUUUCGGUAUUGCAAGAAUGUUGAAACCUGAUUCAUCAAACUGGAGUGCACUAGCAGGGACUUAUGGGUACAUAGCACCUGAGGCAAAUCCUGGCAGGAUUUUCUACAAGUGCCCCAACCACCAUAUUCCACCAAAUACUUGCCAACAUUAUUAUUGGGAAGAUGGACCAGACAACUAUUUAGAUUUUUUGGUGAGAGGUGGAUACGUCAGCCCUGGAUUGAGCAGUUUUGAUUCAGCUGGUGUCAUUGCAAGUGAAGAAACAGAGGUGCAAGUGAAGAAGCAGAGCACUGUUGAGACUGUGGUGUAUGCAGAAGCAAUGCAGAAGAUGAAUGAGCUCAUUUUUCUCUGUAGGAGUAUUCUCAGUGCACUUGUUGUACUGAUUGUAGUAGUGGUGUGUGUAGGAUUUAAGAAGUGA